UAUUCAUUUCAUACAUAUACAUACUUCAAAGUGGAUACUUGUCUCCUUCGAAUCAAGAAAAGUGACUGAGAAAAGGCCAGAUUUUGGACUAGAGGAAGAAAUGGAGAGAAAGCUGAAGUUGGAUGGAUCUCCCAGUGGAUCAGUUGCUAAUCAAGAAACCUCCAAGCCUUCAAUGGGGAAAGGAAAAGGAAAUGAAGGUAAAACAAUGAAGAAAAAUGUGAGGUUUAAUCUACCUGCAAGUGACUUGAAGCCUUCAAUGGAAAAAAGAGAUCAAGUGGAUGAAGACAGCUCGAAGGCAAAAAAGGUGGAGAAAAUGGGGGGCGGAUCCAGUCUAUGUCUGUGGUUACCAAUGAGCAGAAGCAGAAGCAGUAGCAAAGACCGGACUCCUACCCUCAUCUUCAGUAAGAGGCUAACCUUCGGCGAUCUCCUCACCGGAAAGCUCAGGGUUCCUUCACUUGUUUUUUUACCGAAGAAACAUGAAGGAAAACAUGGCAGGAUGAUGGUACCAUUUGUGGACAGUAAGGGAGAGUUCUGGGAGCUGGAGGCUACACCACAGUGGUUUUCAUUGAACCUGGACAAAUUUGUGAAGGCACAUGGAUUGAAAUGCGACGAUGUGAUUCUUUUCUACGAAGAUGGCCCCAAUUCUAGGUACUACGUCAUUGACUAUGAAAGAACUGGGUGCUGAGGAGUGAGGAGUGAGGUGCAGUCAGAAUGCAGGUUUCUUCAUUGGCUUUUGGUAUUAGGGUUUGCCAAGUUGUAUCUCUCUUGAACUUGAACUUGAACUUUUCAUUCAUAUCAUUCUAUUCCAUCAAAUAAAAAGCAAUAUUGUUUCUAUA